CAGCCACCCAGUUGCUCAAGUGAUUCCAGGCCCACGCCACGCCAACCCCGGGCUCAACUCGAGUCCACACGCCCCAGCACCACCCCUGCCUCUCAGUCCAGUCCCCCACCCACCACCACCACUCCUCCCCUCGCCGCCGCCCGUUCCCGACCGAUCCGGCCGGAUCGCCCCGCCAUGGACCAGUACGAGAAGGUGGAGAAGAUCGGGGAGGGCACGUACGGGGUGGUGUACAAGGGCAAGGACCGCCACACCAACGAGACGAUCGCGCUCAAGAAGAUCCGCCUCGAGCAGGAGGACGAGGGCGUCCCCUCCACCGCCAUCCGCGAGAUCUCCCUCCUCAAGGAGAUGCAGCACCGCAACAUCGUCAGGCUGCAGGACGUCGUGCACAACGACAAGUGCAUCUACCUCGUCUUCGAGUACCUCGACCUCGACCUCAAGAAGCACAUGGACUCCUCCACGGACUUCAAGAACCACCGCAUAGUCAAAUCCUUCCUCUACCAGAUUCUGCGGGGCAUCGCCUACUGCCACUCGCACCGCGUGCUCCACCGCGACCUGAAGCCGCAGAACCUGCUGAUUGACCGCCGCAACAACCUCUUGAAGCUCGCGGACUUUGGACUGGCGAGGGCGUUCGGCAUCCCUGUCCGGACGUUCACUCAUGAGGUGGUGACGCUUUGGUAUAGAGCGCCUGAAAUCCUUCUCGGUGCAAGGCAUUAUUCCACCCCUGUUGAUGUGUGGUCAGUUGGUUGCAUUUUCGCUGAAAUGGUGAACCAGAAGGCGCUUUUUCCUGGCGACUCUGAGAUCGAUGAGCUGUUUAAGAUUUUCAGAAUUUUGGGCACUCCAACUAAAGAAACAUGGCCAGGCGUUGCUUCGUUGCCUGAUUACAAGUCAACUUUCCCAAAGUGGCCACCUGUGGAUCUUGCAACGGUGGUCCCGACACUCGAACCGUCGGGAAUCGAUCUCCUAUCUAAGAUGCUGCGUCUAGAUCCCAGCAAGAGGAUCACCGCCCGCGCCGCCCUCGAGCACGACUACUUCAGGGACCUCGAGCACGCCUAGCAGGAUAUGGAUGGAUGGAUGAACCGUUUCCCCUCCCCUGCUCCCUCUGUAAAUUACGGUAGCAGCCGCGAUGCUUGGGGCCGGCGAGUACCCCCGUCUGGGCGGCCGUUGAGUUAUGUGUGUUACUCUAUAGUAUGACUAAGCUGGAGUGCCUCAUGUCCACCAUGCAGUGCAGCUUUUUUCUCCGACUUUUUUUUGCUGCGUAGAGAAAUGAGAUGAGAAAUGUGAUCCAGAGAUCCUUGUGCCAUGGGAGACCUAGUAGUAGACUAGUAGCUAUGUAGGUGUCGGCACUGGCCUCUCUUGAACCUGUAUGAUGGCUGGAGAGAGAGGAGAGACGGCGGCUUCUCUGGUUGAUAAGUUGGUCCUGGUAUGGUGUGCUUGCCGCCGAUGCACGUCAUGGUCUUUCUUC